CUCUGCUCCUCCCAGGCAACCCUGGCCCCCCUUCCCUGGGCUGUGGGUUACGAGUCCAUUGUUCAGCCAAGAAAAGCCACUUCUGUUUCCAACCACAAAAUUCUCUGGAAUUCUCUUCAGGGACCGCUCAGCCUCCUAAAAGGGGGUCAGACAGGAGCAGUUCGGCAGACAUCUGGGAAGGGCCCAGCUCCGAGGGCCAUGAAGAGCUUUCCCCUGGUUCCUCCCAUUCUCCUGGCCUUCCUCCUGAGCGUCCACACGUACGUCCUACGAGAUAGUGACACGGAAAAGUCAUGCUGUUUCCAGUACAGCCAUAAGAUGAUUCCCUGGAACUGGGUGCAAGCCUACCAGUUCACCCAGAUCAGCUGCCCCCAGCAGGGCGUGAUAUUCACCACUAAAAUAGGUGAGAGAGUCUGCGUCCAACCGAAGGAAAAAUGGGUGCAGAGAUACAUUUCUCUGUUGGAAGCUCAGAAAUAA